UCAUUUGGUUGAGGUGCUGACCAAGCAGCAGCACGUACUUGUACGAGGCCACCAUCUCAGCAGGAAGCAGUGACGUUCGGGGGACCAAGACGACGGGGAGGAAAGGAGAGAUGUUCAAAACCAACAGGAAAUGCUUUUACAUCUCAGACGCUGCUGCUUGUAACACAAGAGGAAUUUAAAUGAGCACAUCAGUUUGAAGCAAGCAUCUGUGGACCGGGGAGCCAGUGACCAAGCAUGGGAUGCUGCAGCCUGAGCGCCAGAAAGGCUGGGUCUGCAGGAACAGGCCAGGAUGAGGUGGAGCUGCUGAAGACGGACAGGAACAGAAUGUGGUCCAACUCAGAAGGCCACAGCGAGGCAUCCCUCCAUUCCAAGGACCUUGCAAUCCUAGCAGAAACAGGAGAUACAGAAGUGCCGUGGGGAAGGACACAGGAGGAACUAGCAGCCUUGCUGAUCACGCAGCCUAUCAGCGGCUGGGAAGGGAUGAGCAUCCACUCUCUUGGGGAAAUUAUUUGGUCCUCCCUGGUUUUUCUGCGAAGUUAUUGCACGGAGGACAUGUGUGAGUGCUACAUUGUGCUGUCCUCCUUCCACUUGCUGAUUCUUUCAGUGGACCGUACAAAGAAGGCAUUGGUUUAUGAGGGUCUCCUUCCUCUUGCUGGGAUGCGUCUGAGAGAGAUUGCGAGUGCAAUCAGCCACACAUUUGAAAUUUCUGGGUCCAUGAUAGAAUCCAGGCUCAUCUGCUGCCAGAAUUCAGCUGAUUUCAACGCGUGGGUUCAACACCUCCAGCGCCAAAUCAAGGUGGCAAAUGCUCACCGCCCAAUGAGUCCCAACAACAACAUCUCUUUUCUGGUGCCGUGUGAUGAACAGUGGAAGAAAAGGGAGCUGAUGAGACAUCUGUUGUGUAACACCAUUCUGAAGUGGGAAGGAAAACCGAUUCAGCAUCUGGGAAGGAUACAGUAUUUGACCAUGGUGCAAGUGGCAAGUGGCUGCAUGGGGGACUCUGAGGAAAGACUGCUGAUCCUGUUUCCAGAAGAUCUACUUUUCCUCUCUGUGGACAAGGACAGAACUGCAAUCACAUACAAGGGAAAACUCCCCCUAGCUGGAAUCCAGGCGAAGGAGAAAUCUGCUAUGCUGGGGAGGUUACAGUUUGAAAUUACCGGAAGCCUGACAGAACCAAUCCUUAUCACCUGUUCCACAGCAGAGGAUUAUGAAAAAUGCCUCUUCUACCUCCAGAAGCCAGAGAAAAUCCUUGAUACGCUGACUCUCCAGCCACCACCAAUCAUCCCUCAGAAAUCCUGGAAACGUCAGUAGGACGUUUGCAUGCAGUGACAAGAAGGUAUGUUGAAUGUGAUCCCAACAGAAAGUGAAGAGCUGCAAGAAUGAGGAAGAGUAGAAAAGAAAUUGGAAACCAAGCUUCUUUCAGACUGAGAGGUGAAUAAGGGUCCGCACAUGAACCAUUCUCCACCGGCUGCUGUUUUGAAUGGGCCACUGCGAUCUAUGUAGGAUGCUGUGAUUCUGACUUCAGCUGUACAUAUGCCUCAAGGAAAAAAAAAAUCUUUCUCAAUUUCCUUACUAUAUUUAUUGCCUGAUUCUUGUCAGAAAAAGAAACAUUGUAAAAUACUGUGUAAAUACGACAAAUAAAACCC